GGUCCCCGACUCGACAGAUCCGUUCCGUUGUUUGGUAUAGAAUGCGCAUGCGUUAUGCCUCGCUCCGCUCCGCCCCACUCCCCCAUCCCACAAUCCAUGCCACGCUUGCUUCCCUUCCUUGUCCUCCUUCAGUGAUCCUGAGGUGCAAUACAUUCCUUGGUCGCGUGUUUUCAUUCUCUCCACACGAUCCGGCAUGAUUCCCAGUUACCAUCCUCUUAGUUCCAUGGAUUUCCACAUAGGACACGUGAAACGAAUCGAAGAGUGAAGGUAGCCUAGGAUGCAUGCUUUUAAGCCUACGUGUACCGGUGCUAGAAGCCCUAGUUACGUAAGGCGUCGUCCUGAUGUCGACGGCGGCGUAUUCAACGAACGUUAGUGACCGCGCCAGGCUGAUCUUACAAAUACAUCGGAGGAAAAAGAAGCCUGGUCAGACGAUGGGAGAUGAUGGCAACGAACCGGUCAUCCGUUUAUUCGAAGAGACGUUACGCACAGGCAAAGAACCUUCGACCGAAGAUAUUUGGAGAUAUGCAGGAGCCUUGACGAGGGUCGGUCGUAUCCCCGAAGCCUUAGACGUGUUUGCCUAUUGUGUUCGCCCACGAUCCAAUUCCCCCAAUCUAACCCAAUCCACGUGGCUGUCGGAACUGUUGGAGAAAAUGGUGUCAUGCUUGAACCACAUCGAGAUCGGGCCAAGACCCAAUGCCAAUAAGGAAUCGAGUCCUACUCUAACCUCCGAGCAAGAAUCUACGGAGCCGUCUGGGAAGAAGCGAACGUUAUAUCAACGCGAAAGAGAAAAGGGACCCACAGGGUGUUGUUUCGGAUGCUGUGGUUGCGGGGGUGUCUUCUGUUACCCAGUGACUCUGUCCUGUGGUCACACCUUCUGCAAGCGAUGUGUCCGAUACAAGGAAGGACUUGGUUACAGUUGUUCAAUGUGCGGACAGAAGCACACCUUUUCUUCCCAGCUCGUAGUCAGCGUCAUCAUCGCAGAACUCGUGGAGAAAUUGUGGUCUAACGAAAUGGAAGCUGCCAAAUUAAGGACCGAAGGCAAUGCCCUCUUUGAAGAGGGUAACUGUGAAGAAGCCCUCCGUAAAUACGAUGAGUCUGUCACUCUAGGAGGCGCGCCUUGGAACGGUUGCCAGCCGUUUCUUACUUUAUCACCAGAUCCAAUGACGAAAGGUGGAACAUUGAAACAGGGGACCGCCUAUAGCCAAAAUCCGCACGAGUUUGAGAGUAUGAGCGAGGAUGAAACUCCGGAUGACGCAUUGGUGUAUAGCAACCGGUCAUUGGCUUAUCAGAGGCUGGGUCGGGCUGAGGAAGCGCUCAGAGAUGCGGAAUCGGCAGUCACUCUUCGACCCAAAUGGGCCAAAGCUCAUUAUCGGAGAGGUGCGGGGCAGAGGAGCCUUGGUCGAGUUGAGGAAGCCUUCAUCUCUUUCCUUCUAUGCCUCUGUCUCACCUCUGAACCCCAGGCUUCACCCAUCAUCUCCGAAGUCACCAAGGUGCUCUUGAGUGUGCUGAAGCUGUGCAGCCCUGGUGCAGGGUGCAAACUGAAACGACCUCAAGGACCGAGAGAUGAAGAUUCUGAUCCAAGCCGCCAAGAGGAUCCAAGUGAUGCCGGUGGAUCCCAGCAGCUGGUGAAACCGAAUACCAGGCUCCGACAUCUUUGGGAACGAUGCCUCAGUGAAGCUAAGAAACUUAAGCGAUCGGAGACUGUGGAAUUCCUACGGGUGAAAAACGAUGUGAAGAGAGGAGAUUUCGACUGCCCUCUCUGCCUUAGGAUGUAUUGGCAGCCUAUAACGACGCCCUGUGGGCACACCUUUUGCAAAAGCUGCCUGGAGCGAUCUCUGGAUCACAAUCCCGAGUGUCCCCUGUGCAAAGGACCCUUGGACCUGUUUUUGGCCAAGCGGGAUUGGAAGGUGACCCAGUUCCUGGAAUACGCCAUGCAGACCCUGUUGCCGGAAGAAUUUGAAGAAAGGAUGAAGAUCCACGAGGAGGAAUUGAGGAACGCGACAGGAUUCCAGGACAUGCCUAUCUUCGUCUGCACCGUUGCCUUCCCGUCCGUGCAGUGCCCUCUACAUGUCUUCGAGCCUCGAUAUAGGUUAAUGAUGAGAAGGGCCAUGGAGUCCGGGACGCGCCACUUCGGCAUGUGCUCUCCCACUUCCGACGCCCAAGGGUUCAGUGGGGUAGGGACUCUGUUGGAAAUCCGGGACAUCCAGUAUUUCCCCGAUGGCCGAUCGGUGGUGGAUACCAUCGGGGCCAAGAGAUUCCGAGUUUUAACACGGGGAACCAGGGAUGGAUACAACACUGCCACCGUGGAACCAUUCAUGGAUAUGCCUCCUUCUGAGGACAUGCUCACAGAGUUGAAGAAGAAGCACGAUGAAGUUCGCGAGGAAGCAGAGAGGUGGAUGGAGGGAGUAGCCAGAUCGACAAGAGAUAACAUCCACCUUCACUUCGGCUCCAUGCCACCUGUAGAACCGGAGUAUUGGACUCUACCCAAUGGCCCUGCCUGGGUGUGGUGGGUAAUUGCCAUCCUUCCCCUGGACAACAAUGCACAACUGGCUUUCUUGCACAUGAGCGGGAUGGAGAAGCGGCUGAACGCCCUCCUCCGGAUCCUUGGCUACCUUGGCGAUAGGAAUGGGAACAUCUGACUACCGAAAAGUGAAUGCAAUGGCUUGACAUCAGCAGCAUGUCUCUUCUAGUGUGAUAUCACUUUUCCUUCCCUCCCCUUUACAUCUGUGAUCAACCUGUCUCUUCAUAUGCACGGCAUAUUGUGCAGAUCCUCUGAGACACAAGUAGACCAGUUCCUUGCUUUGGGCAGCUGCUCUUGCGUUUAUUUCUUGCUGUAUUAGCGAACGCAGGGACACAGUUAAUCAUAACCCUUCAUUUUAUGCAAAUCUGUGCUUUAUUCCAUCGGACAAGAUGAAACUGUAGGGCUGAUAUGCUCUACUUGCAGCCACUAUCUAUGGAGUCCUUCGGGGAUAAACGACUCCUCUGUUCCUCCAAUACUUUCCCUCUCAAUCUCCUCUGGAGACCAUUAUUAGUUAAAGAGAUCAUUUUGCCUAAUGUUAUUGAAUGGUUGACUUUUUUUCUGCAUGUGUCUCUGUUGAUAAUGCUUUACAUGGCGAUCCUUCAUACAACCAUCUUGAUGAGUAAACACCAUCUCCUCUGCCUUCCA